AUGACUAGCCAAUGUCAACCAAAUAGUGAUCAAUUUUGUUAUCUAACAGAAGCUGUUCAACUCAUACUCUUAGGUGAUAAAAGUAAUGGAUCACAAACAGAUAUACUUUUUAAUACUCCUACGUUCGAUAAUGCAACACUUAAUGAAAUACUUUUACUUGGACUUCAGCAAACAGCUUUAUUUAUAACAAACAAUCCAUCUUAUAUGCCUGGUGAUUUUAAUUAUUUAAUUCAAGAUCUAGUUCGAAUAAUAACACUCUUAGAAACGAAUGGAUCACUUGCUGUCACCUGGUAUGAUUUAAAAUAUUAUAUCCAACGUUUUAUUACUCCUCCUAAUGUUGCAAAACUUCUUGCAUAUAAUUUUCGUGAAGCACCUAAAAAUGCCAAGACUUAUUUCAAUGAUAUCUAUCUUAAAGGUAUUAAAACACCAGGUUGUCGAAAAGCAUGGAGUUUAUGGCUUGAUGCAAUGGCACAACCAACUAGAAAUGUAUGGGCAAUACGUAUGUUUGAUGCAAUUGGAAAGCCACCAACAAAUCUUUUAGCUGCUAAUACAAAUUGGCUUGGUAAUUGGCAAAGUUGUCAUAAAGUGAAAUAUUCCAAUGCAUCAUUUCAAUUUAAAGGACGAUAUUGUCGAGCAAAAGUUCGUGCUGAUCCAAUAUUGCUUGCUGGAGCUGGUCCUGCUCUUGAAGGUUUUCCUGGUGAUCCAGCUGCAUUAGCUGCUAUAGAUCUUGGUUUAUGUGUACCUGAUUUUUGUGAGAAUGAAGAUGUAGCAGCACUUGUUAAUCAUACACUUCGAUUAUUAACAAUUCAUCAGUUUUCAAAUGUUCAUUAUGCUGAUGGUGUACAAUGUGAAAGUCCAAUUGAUCCACCCGGAUCGUAUUAUGUUACAAUCGUAAUUAUAACUAUUCUAACAACAAUUGUCGUAUUAGCAACAUCAUAUGAUUGUUUAUUUCGUUCAAUAUUAAAUAAACCAUAUGCAACAGCAAGUACUUUAUCAAUGCAAAAUCUUCAUACAUUAUGUAAUUUUUCAUCAUCACGUGAGCAACCACAUGGAAUUUUUUAUAAAAACUUAGAUGCUUAUCAAUAUCAAUUUUCUAAUCGUCUUCGAUUACAUGGAAUGAGUUAUCCAUCAGAAGCUGAACGAACAGCUGUAAGUAAAAGUCGAAAACAUUGGUAUAAUCAAUUAGUUUAUAGAAUUCAUCGAAUUGUUAUUGAUCUUUCAGCUUAUACAGCAAUACUUAAACCAAUGUCAAAUUCAGGUGCAAUGAAAUGUUUAAAUGGUUUACGUGUUAUUUCAAUGGGAUGGAUUAUAUUCGGUCAUACAUAUAAUUAUAUUGGUGAUCAAAGUUAUUUUCUACUAACACAAAAUGCACUUGAUUUAUUAGAUUUUCAAAAACGUUUUGAAGCUCAAUUAAUUAUCAAUGCAUUAUAUGGUGUUGAUACAUUUUUUCUCAUAAGUGCUAUGUUAAUUACAUUAUCAUUAAUGCGUAUGUUAAAAAAAAAUGGUAUGCCUAAAUGGUAUUUUUGGCCCAUGAUGUAUCUUGAACGUUAUUUACGUUUAAUACCACCCUAUAUAAUGGUAUUUUUAUUAUAUAUAUAUGUUGUACCUUUCAUUGGUCAAGGCCCAUUAUGGACAGCAAAAGAUUUUCCGAUGAAAAAUUCUGAUUGUCAUGAUUAUUGGUGGGCAUAUUUUCUUUUAAUUAAUAAUUUUGUACCAAAUGGAGUAGGUACACGAUGUAUGGGUUAUUAUUGGUAUGUCUCAAAUGAUUUUCAAUUAUUUCUUAUUGCACCAUUUCUUAUUGUACCCUUAUAUUAUUUUCCAAUAAUUGGUUCAUGUAUUUUACUUGGAGUUUUAUUUGCAAGUUCAUGUAUAUUAGCAUUUAACAUAGCUAAUACCUAUCGAGUUGGACAAAUUCUUGUUACACUUCAAGCUAUAUGGGAAGAUACUUAUACAAAACCAUAUUGUCGUGCUGCUCCAUAUAUAAUAGGUAUUGUACUUGGUUAUAUAUUCUUUAAAACUGAAAAUCAAAAGAAAAAGAUUCAUUUACAUCCGAUAUUUCAUUUAUUAUUUUGGGCUUUAACAAUUGUCUUUAUGGCCACAAGUAUAUUUGGUAAUUGGACAAAUCAUAAAGAAGGUGGUGUACCAAUGACUCCUUCUGAAUAUGUUCUUUAUUUUGUUUUAUCACGUAUUGCUUGGCCAUUAGCAAUAUCAUGGAUUAUAUUUUCAUGUACAAAAGGUCUUGCACCACUUAUUGAUACUAUAUUAUCAUGGCGUGGUUUUACAUUUUUCGCUCAUAUAUCCUAUACAACUUAUUUAAUACAUCCAAUGAUUAUGGUGUAUUAUAUGUUUGCACAACAAAAUCUAUUUCAUGCGACUGAUAUAACAUUACUUUAUAUAUAUUUUGGUCAUUUUGUAUUUUCAUUAAUACUUGGUCUCUUAGCACAUCUUAUAUUUGAACGUCCAUUUGGUGUUCUUAUCAGUUUACUUCUACCAAAACGUCAACGAUAA